CGGGCUGCGGAUUUCCCUGUAAUGGUGGUGCGGGCGUGUCGCGCUUAGUCAUCCUAUCUCCGUCUCUCUCUCUCUCUCUCUCUCUCUCUCUCUCUCCGCGUGCAUCGACGGCUGGGGGCUGCUUCUGUGUCCUUCUCGUAUUGAUCAGCUCUGUGUUCGGACGUGGAACCACGCGAUCUCUGUCAAGGAGCAGGCAGGCAGGCCUGUCCAGUGUGCAGCAGCUUGGAAGCCCCGGGUCAAGGGCGUAGCGUGAGCAGCAGAAGAAGCAGAGAUGGAGAACUUUAGCAUGGAGAUGCGGUACGACGUGGGCGACUGCCCCAACUACAACUGCUCGGCAAAAGGGCUUCUGCUGCCCAUCAUAUGCGAGUACACGUGGACACCCGCCACACGUGCUGCCCUCUAUCUCAUCGGGCUCUUCUACAGCUUCCUGGGCGUGGCCAUCGUCGCGGACAUCUUCAUGUGUUCGAUAGAAAUGAUCACGAGUAAGACGACGAAAAUCAAGGUCGCCAUACCGAACACCAACGAGACGGAGGAAGUCGAAGUCAAGGUGUGGAACGGCACCGUCGCGAACUUGACGUUGAUGGCCCUCGGCCUCCAGCGCUCCUUGAAUCUUUUUUUAUUGCUCUCUAUCAUUGAGAUCGUUGGUAACGACUUCCAAGCGGGUCAGCUCGGUCCGGGCACCAUCGUAGGCUCAGCCGCAUUCAACCUGCUCGUCAUCAUAGCUGUGUGCGUGGCGGUGAUUCCUGACGACGAAGGAAGACGGAUCAAUCACGUCAAGGUGUUCUUCGUCACAGCUUUCUCCUCGCUGUUCGCCUACAUAUGGCUCUACAUCAUACUGUCGGUGAACACGAAGGGUGUCGUCGACGUGUGGGAGGCGAUCCUCACGCUGAUGUUCUUUCCGAUCCUCGUCAUCAUCGCGUACGUCGCAGACCGCGACUUCUGCGGGAGAAAGGUUUCCGUGACGAUGAGCGCGCUCGAGCUGGGAAUCAAGAUAGAG